AUGUCGGCAGAUCAUACCAGAGAUCCAUGCCCCGUGGUCAUUUUGAGUGACUUCGGUGGUGCUUUCGCCAUGGGUGUCAUUGGUGGGUGCGUAUGGCACGGUAUCAAAGGUUUCAGAAACUCGCCCAUGGGAGAACGCCACCUCGGUGCCGUCAGUGCCAUCAAAGCCAGAGCUCCUGUGGUGGGUGGCAAUUUCGGUGUAUGGGGUGGUCUUUUUUCCACAUUCGACUGCGCUGUGAAGGCUGUGCGUAAGAGAGAAGAUCCCUGGAAUGCCAUCAUAGCCGGUUUGUUCACCGGUGGAUCCUUGGCCGUCAGAGGCGGCUGGAGACACACUAGAAACAGUGCUAUCAUGUGUGGCUGUCUAUUGGGUGUCAUGGAAGGUGUGGGUCUCAUGUUCCAAAGAUACGCCGCCUGGCAGGCCAAGCCAAUGGCCCCACCUUUGCCCGAGCCUCAGCCGGCUCAGGCUUUGGGUGCCUAA